GAGGCUUGACGGCAGCGGGGAGGAAUGUGUUUCCGGGGCGGGGAAACAGCGGCCGAGUGCGGCGCGGCGCCUCCCCUUCUCCGCUCCGCUCCCCGCGGCCCCGCGCGUCCCGCUCUCCGCGAGCAACUCCAAGGCGAGGGAGCGGCGCCGGCGCCGGAGCGGCCCGGGGCGGACGGACACACGGACGGGCAGCCGCGCCGCGCCCAGCCCGCGCUCCCGGGACAGAGCCGGGCAGAGGAGGCGCCGCAGCCGGGCGGGCCGGAGCGCGCCCCCUGUCAGGAGCAGGCAGCGCCGCGGCCAUGGCCGAGGCUAAUUUAAAAUUGCUCACCUGGGCUGGAUGCCUGUAUUGCUUGAUAUGGAGUGCAUUUGCUCAGCAAGGUGGUAGUGACUGCAUAAAAGCUAAUGCAAAAUCAUGUGGUGAAUGUAUACAAGCAGGACCAAACUGUGGUUGGUGUAAAAAAACAGACUUUUUGCAAGAAGGAGAACCAACGUCUGCCCGAUGUGAUGACUUGGCAGCACUAAAGAGUAAAGGCUGCCCUACAGAAGAUAUAGAAAAUCCCAGAGGUAGUAAACAGGUGCUUGAAGAUAGAGAGGUAACAAAUCGUAAGAUAGGUGCUGCAGAGAAGCUGAAACCAGAGGCCAUUACACAGAUCCAGCCACAAAAAUUAGUACUGAAGCUAAGAGUUGGGGAACCCCAAACAUUUUCAUUAAAAUUCAAGAGAGCUGAAGAUUACCCUAUAGAUCUUUAUUAUCUUAUGGACCUCUCCUAUUCCAUGAAAGAUGAUUUAGAGAAUGUGAAAAGUCUUGGAACUGCUCUGAUGUUUGAAAUGGAAAAAAUAACUUCAGACUUUCGAAUUGGCUUUGGCUCUUUUGUGGAGAAAACUGUGAUGCCAUAUAUAAGUACAACACCAGCCAAACUCAGAAAUCCCUGUACAGGUGACCAGAACUGUACAAGUCCAUUUAGCUAUAAAAAUGUGCUCAGCCUUACCAGUGAAGGAAAUAAAUUCAAUGAACUUGUAGGUAAACAACACAUUUCUGGCAAUUUGGAUUCUCCUGAAGGUGGAUUUGAUGCAAUAAUGCAAGUUGCAGUUUGUGGAGAACAAAUUGGAUGGAGAAAUGUUACAAGACUAUUAGUGUUUUCCACGGAUGCUGGAUUUCACUUUGCAGGAGAUGGUAAACUUGGUGGAAUUGUUUUGCCAAAUGAUGGGAAAUGUCAUCUGGAAAAUAAUAUGUACACGAUGAGCCACUAUUAUGAUUAUCCCUCUAUUGCUCAUCUGGUACAGAAGCUUAGCGAGAACAAUAUUCAGACAAUUUUUGCUGUUACUGAAGAGUUUCAAGCAGUUUACAAGGAACUGAAAAAUCUAAUACCAAAAUCAGCGGUGGGAACAUUGUCUUCAAACUCUAGCAAUGUUAUUCAGCUGAUCAUAGAUGCAUACAAUUCCCUUUCUUCAGAGGUUAUCCUGGAGAACAGUAAGCUACCAAAAGGAGUGACAAUCAGUUAUAAAUCUUACUGCAAGAAUGGUGUGAAUGACACACAAGAAGAUGGAAGAAAAUGUUCUAACAUUUCAAUUGGAGAUGAGGUUAAAUUUGAGAUUAGUGUAACAGCUAAUGAAUGUCCAAAGAAAGGACAAAAUGAAACAAUUAAAAUUAAACCACUAGGUUUCACUGAAGAAGUGGAAAUUAAUCUCCAGUUUGUCUGUGAAUGUCAGUGUCAAAGUGAAGGAGAAGCUAAUAGUCCAGCCUGCCAUGAGGGAAAUGGCACAUUUGAAUGUGGUGCAUGCAGAUGUAAUGAAGGACGUAUUGGAAGACUUUGCGAAUGUAGUACGGAUGAAGUAAAUAGUGAGGAUAUGGAUGCUUACUGUAGGAGGGAGAACAGCACAGAAAUAUGUAGUAACAAUGGAGAAUGCAUUUGUGGACAAUGUGUAUGCAAGAAAAGAGAAAACACCAAUGAAGUGUAUUCUGGCAAAUAUUGUGAAUGUGAUAACUUCAACUGUGAUCGAUCAAAUGGUUUGAUUUGCGGAGGAAAUGGUAUCUGCAAAUGUAGAGUGUGUGAGUGUUUCCCCAACUUCACUGGCAGUGCUUGUGAUUGCUCUUUGGAUACUCUUCCAUGUAUGGCAUCUAAUGGGCAGAUUUGCAACGGAAGAGGAACCUGUGAAUGUGGAACUUGUAACUGUACAGAUCCCAAAUUCCAAGGCCCCACAUGUGAAAUGUGUCAGACUUGCCUUGGUGUCUGUGCAGAGCACAAGGACUGUGUUCAAUGCAGAGCCUUCAAUAAAGGAGAAAAGAAGGAAACAUGUUCUCAGGAAUGUAUGUAUUUCAACAUGACGCGGGUAGAAAGCCGAGACAAGUUGCCGCAGCCUGGACAGCCUGAUCCGUUGUCUCACUGCAAAGAGAAGGAUGUUGAUGACUGCUGGUUCUACUUCACGUACUCCGUCAACUCCAACGGUGAAGCCAAUGUCCAUGUGGUGGAGACGCCAGAAUGCCCCAGUGGCCCUGACAUCAUUCCCAUCGUAGCUGGUGUGGUUGCUGGAAUUGUUCUCAUUGGACUUGCAUUAUUAUUGAUUUGGAAACUACUAAUGAUCAUUCACGACAGAAGAGAGUUUGCUAAAUUUGAAAAGGAGAAGAUGAAUGCCAAGUGGGACACGCAAGAAAAUCCAAUAUACAAGAGCCCUAUUAACAAUUUCAAGAAUCCAAACUAUGGACGUAAAGCUGGUCUCUAAGUCUCAGUUUGUAUUUUCUUUCAUUUUCUUCCUUUUUUUCCUUUGCAUGUCACUUUUCAAACUCACUGUGUGUCACAGUCGGUUAAUCACAGUUUGAGUCUUGCUCAGUUGAUCUACUGCUGCUUUGAUUCUGGGGUUUUACAGAAUGCAGCUUGAAAAUCUUUCAUUUGUUUUGACAGCAAGAUUGCUUACUUACUAAUACCACAAGUAUCAUCUUAAAAAUUAUUCUACAAGUGAUUAAAAAUUAUUCUACAAGGAGCUACCUGUGGAUAAAUACAUGGAGAUAUAUAUAUAUAAUGGAACAGCUCUUUGAAUUAAAGCUCUUUAGAUUGUGGAGAAGCCCAGAGCUGGGGGGGGCAGGGGGAGGUUGUCUGUGACUUCCUCUAAUCGGCAGUCAGUUUGCUUGAAGUUGCUGUGUUUGCAAAGCUGCUUUAGAUGCUCCUCAGAUUUCCCAGCCUAUAUAUAAAUUCAUUAGCAUAACUUUGGAAACACUCAGAGCAGCAUUACAGAUUUUUAUUAACUGCUUUGUCAUAUUAACCUAGCACAGAACUAGCCUAUAUUUAAAGUGUGAAGUGCAUAUACUCUGUUGGAUUGAUAAUUCGAUAUGCAUCUUACUUUUCCAUCCAGUUCUAGUGAAACUGGCAAUAUCAUAGUCCUUGUAUCUCGGUCAGCUUGGGGUCCUCCACAGGAUGUGAGAGGAGGAAAUAUUCCUGUCCCCUCCAGUUAUAUUUUCCUCUGAUUUCUUUGUCCCCUCUAAACUCUGACUGAACACCUCACAUUUUUUGAGGAAAUGCUGGCUUCAGUUGUCUUCACACACAAGGAGAAACCACAACACGCAGAGGAGCAAGUCUGUAAAGCAGAGGGAAUGGAUAUCUUCAAUGGACUUGGCGAGUGCUUUCUUGUAUGCUUUAGGUUAGGUGUUCUCCCCCUGCCCUGGGCUUCUCAGUUGAUGGGGAAGGAGUGAGAAAGGGAGGAUGAGUUGGGGAAUAGAUGUCAGAAGAGUAUCAAGAGAUACAGAAGAUCAGGUCAGAGGAAGGGAGUGGGAUCUGAGAAAGUGAGGAAGGCAACACAUCCAUUUGAAUUUCAACGGGAUUUUGCAGGGGCCAGUGGAAGGGAAGGAUCUGUACCUCUAAUUUUAUUCUGUCUGCUAUCUCCCUAUUUCAGUGUUGCACUCAAAAUUUGAUUUUGAAAAGGAAAAAUCAGUGGAGAAAGCAGGAGAUAAGGAUAUUUAAACUCAUUAUCUGUCCUCACUGUGAUUAACAUUUUCAAAUACUUUGUCAAGCAUUCUGAGCUCUUGCUUAAUGAAUUAUCUUUCCUUUUUUUCCUACAGUCACCUCACUUUCCGUUGUCUCCAAAACUGAUUGUAAAAAUGUUUAUUUUGCUUGCCACUUGGACCACAUUCAGCUCCUUUCCAUUUUUCUUCUCAGAGUUGAUUAUUCUGGAGAGGAAAUUAAGUUUUUUCCAUCCUAACAUUUUACACAGUCCAUCUGGUUAAGGCUCUGUUACCUUUUUUUGUGCUUUUCGCUUGCAUAUUCUCUGCUGCAUGUAGGACCAGCAUCUAACAACCCAGCUCGUGUGUAACUUCCAUUCUGUGUUCUCUCCCCUUUCCUCAUGACUCUCCCAGGGUCUAAUGUCCUCAGUGCUGCCAUUUCACCUCAAAACGUACUUUUUCAAGAAAGGUUUCCCCCCCUUCCUUCUGUUUCAUUCACUCUGAAGAUCAAAAGAAGUCUGAGGUGUGUCAGUUUUUAAAUAGGAUUUUAUCCUCUUUAGUAAUCACAGGAAUUUCUGAACCUGGGCAGGGGGAGAAAGUGAAGAGGAGACGGUUCUAACUCUAUUAGCUACCAAAAAAGCAGGAGAUCAGUACUGUUAGAAUGGGUCAGUCAUAGGAAGGAAAAGGAGAAAGUCCUCUUUCCCCUGUAACUAAGAUUUCUGGGCAUGUUGGAUUGUUGAAGUAAGCUUCCGUUUACUGCAAGGUGAAGAUAGUUGCCUGUGUUACCAAAGCAAGGAAGCAAUCUGCUAUCCUCAUUACAAGAAAAAUCCACUGGAAGAGAUUGCAUCCAGGUUUGUAUGUAUACACAAAACCCGACUGCAGUUUCUAUAACCCUCCCCGUGCCUGGUUGCAGUUAUACAUGUAUGCAGCUUGAUUAUUGCCAUGAGUAGAACUGCUGCGGCACGGAGCACGCCACGGACGAGGUGCCCGAAUACUUUGCCAGUGUUGGGUGUGCCAUGGGGAGGGAGCUAUCACCAGGGCUUCUUUGCAGUUGAUGCUCAAGCUAGGUAGCUUCAACUGGGUUCAGUUUGUCCUAGGCCUGCAGCAUAGAUACUCUCUUAGUGUCAUUCCACUGCUGUCUGACCUUACGGUCUUCACUGCCUGCCUGGUUUAGAUUUGAACUAUUAAUAUACCAUUAAACUUGCUUAAUAGUGGGUUAGCUGCUCACCUGCAGUCUUCCAGUAGAGCAGUAGAUGACACCCUGUCAUUUCUGUUGCCCUUAAGCUAGGUCUUCGUUUUUUGCAAUUGCCAUUUUACAGGUUGACAGAUGACUUGUAUUAUAUUGAUGAAAAAUAAUGAUCAUUUAUGAGAGCUGAAAAUAGUAAGACACGGCUCUUGAACAAUGUAUUUGGACAAGUUUUGAAUAUUCAAGAGUUCAGUUUCUUAUGGUGACAUAGGAUUUAAACCCACUAUAUAGGUAGUUUAGGUGACUGUUGAAAUAGCAAGUUCAUCGAGAAAAAUGGUAAGCAAAAAUCCUAUGUAGUAGUCUUUAUAGUAUGUCUUUUUCCAGCAGUAGGGUAAACUUACCCUCUGAGCAGCCCAGUCUAGUUAAAAUAAAUAUUUCUUUAUUCUUUAUUCUCUGUAGGUACUUUUUUUUUUUUUUAA